AUGACGCGUUCACUGCCUGAUUCGAGCUUAGCCGCUUUUGAUCCUGAAAUUGAAAGAACUCUUUCACGUAUUAGGCGAGCUCGGCGUCGGUUAGCCUCUGAGGGUGGUGAAGUGGUUAUUGCCAAUUCACCAGUCUUAUUUGAGAGCGAAUCUAAAGCACCAUUUGAGGAGGAAACCAGCUCUUCUACUACUGAUUCGGUUGAUUCACGUGAGCCUAUAAAGCACCUCAGGGAUUUCCAGACGGCCUGUUCUACUGUUAGGCGUCAUGGUGCAGAUGAGACUACUAUUCUGCUGAUCGCCUUCCCGUUUUCUCUUGAGAAAAAGGCAAGGGAGUGGUACUACACUCAACCUGAGGUAGUGGUUACCAACUGGGAUACGCUCAGGAGAGAGUUCCUGGACAAAUACUUUCCAGCUGAAGUUACAGACAGACUGAGGAAAGAGAUCUCCUGCAUUAUCCAAGGAGAAUUAGAGACCCUCUACGAAUACUGGGAACGCUUCAGGAACCUCUUAGACUCAUGUCCCCACCACAAGAUUGAUGAGAUGGUGUUGAUCAGUUACUUCACACAAGGUAUGAAGCCUCAAGAUAAAACUACAUUAGAUGCUGCAAGUAAUGGCUCUCUGAAGAAGUACAAGACAGCAACAGAAGCGUGGCAGCUGAUUGCCGAUCUAGCUGAAUCGACCCGGAACACUAGACAUAGGACCAACCAUCCUAAUACUGUUGUGGAGGUGUCCUCUAGUAGUGAGACUACUGCUUUCACUCAAGCUCUGGGGGAGAUGACCAACCUACUGAAGCAGAUAAAUCUAAAUCAACAACAAUCUCAACCUCCCUCACCACAACAUAGUCAACAACUGUGUCCACAACUCCAACAAGAGGACAACACCUUGGUAGCUACUCACAAUUUCCAUGACCGCCCAAAUCAAAGCUCCUAUCAACAAGGCGGCAACUACAACCAAAGUGGGAACUAUAACCAAAGUUGGCAAGAUAACUACAACCAAGGCUGGAGAGAUAAUUCCAACCAUGGCUGGAGGGACAACUAUAACAGAGGAGGCAGGGACAACCAAGGAAAUCAGAGGUGGAAUAAUAACAACAAUAGACAACAGAACCAGAACCAGCCUUACAGAGCGCCUCACCUAAGGCAACCCCAAGCACCUCAGAACAACCAACAGCAGGCCCCUCAAAUCACUUACCACUCUUCUUCUAAUGACGAGUUGCUUCAUUCGCUUGCGCAAGGGCAAAAGACCAUGGAAAGCACACUUAACGGUCUAACUUCUGCUAUACAAGCUCUCGUCUCCCAGAUAAGAUCAUCGAGUACCUCUAACACUCAACCUGCAAGCUCCAGUGGAAUUCCUUCUCAACCCUUACCCAACCCCAAGGGUGGCAUCAAUGUCAUCACUUUGAGGUCUGGAACCACAUUGUAA